AGCUUAAAUAGGGAGUAUUUAGGAAGAAUUUCUAUAAAUUCUUUACCUUUGAUUUUUGAAAUCUUUAUUUUUAUAACUUCCGUACAUAAUCCUGAGUUAGUUGGUAUUUUGCUGAAAUCUGGAAUAGAUAGCGAUUUUAUAAUGUUAGAGCCAUUUAUUGAGGCACUCCACUUUCCAGUCCUUUGCAUGCCUGUCCCCAUCUUUGAGAAAGGUAUGAUUUACCGUUUUGAGAAAAAAGAAAUUAUUGUAUGGUGGGAGUAAAAUAUACGUGUGUGUGUGUUUAUUUCAAAACAGGAGAGGUACUUCCUGAAGGAAGUGUUAGUAAAUUUUAAAAUUAUAAAAAAAAAAAUUUUUAGUUCUUCAUUUGCUAUCCUCACCCACUCCCUACUUCAGCAUGGAUGCAACAGUGCACUAGAUCUUAUAUUUGUUCAGUUUGAAUAGUCUUCUGAAAAUAUGUUAAUGUUAAAGCUUUUAACGGUAAAAUGUUUUCAUGUAGGUGUACGCCCGUAUGUCAGAAGUCUUAGGAAUAACAGAUGACAACCACGUUCUAGAAACAUUCAUGACGAAAAUAGCGAACACUUCCCCUUUCUUGGCAUCAGUGAAUGUUACAGUCUCACUGACUUCAGGUGCCGAACAACCUUCUACACAGCCCUCACUCGUCUUCUGAUGGUAGAUCUGGGCGAAGAUGAGGAUGAAUUUGAGAAUUUCAUGCUGCCUCUUACAGUCUCUUUCGAAACAGUAUUACAGAUAUUCAACAACAACUUUAAACAAGAAGAUGUAAAGCGUAUGUUGAUCGGGCUGGCAAGAGAUCUUCGAGGGAUUGCCUUUGCACUGAACACAAAGACCAGCUACACCAUGCUGUUUGACUGGAUGUACCCAACGUACCUUCCUGUUCUUCAGAGGGCUGUUGAGCAGUGGUAUGGAGAGCCAGCAUGUACAACUCCCAUCUUAAAACUUAUGGCAGAACUGAUGCAAAACAGAUCUCAGCGCUUGAAUUUUGAUGUAUCAUCUCCUAAUGGAAUUCUUCUCUUCAGAGAAGCUAGUAAAAUGAUUUGCACUUAUGGUAAUCAGAUCCUGUCCCUGGGGAGCCUCUCAAAAGAUCAGAUUUAUCCAAUGAAACUCAAGGGCAUCUCCAUCUGCUAUUCAGCUCUCAAAUCUGCCUUGUGUGGAAAUUAUGUCAGCUUUGGCGUCUUCAAGUUGUAUGGGGACAACCAUUUUGACAAUGUACUCCAGGCCUUUGUCAAAAUGCUGCUGUCAGUGUCCCACUGUGACUUGCUACAAUAUCGGAAACUGAGCCAGUCUUAUUAUCCACUUCUGGAAUGUCUCACCCAGGACCACAUGAGCUUCAUCACCAACUUAGAGCCUCCUGUAUUCCUGUACGUUCUCACAAGUAUCUCCGAGGGACUCACUACUCUUGAUACAGUUGUCUCCUCCAGCUGCUGUACCAGUUUAGACUACAUCGUCACCUACCUCUUCAAGCACAUAGCAAAAGAGGGCAAGAAGCCACUUCGAUGCAGAGAGGCUACCCAGGCCGGUCAGAGACUAUUACACUUGAUGCAGCAAAAUCCAGAUGUCCUGCAGCAGAUGAUGUCUGUCCUCAUGAACACCAUCGUCUUUGAAGACUGUCGGAACCAGUGGUCAGUGUCCAGGCCUCUCCUGGUGCUCAUCCUGCUCAACGAGAAGUAUUUCAGUGAAUUGCAGGCGAGUCUGAUAAACAGCCAACCUCUCCCCAAGCGGGAGGUCCUUGCCCAGUGCUUCAGGAGUCUGAUGGAAGGAGUGGAGCAGAACCUGUCUGUCAAGAACAGAGACAGAUUCACCCAGAACCUGUCCGUCUUCAGAAGAGAUGUCGCAGAGGCCCUGCGCUGUGACGGCAGCACUGAACCACCAGGCAGCCUGGACAUGAUGAGCUGACCCAGCUUCUCUGAGCAUGUGCCACACAGCCUUUCUUGAGACUAGCGUAGGUCAGGGUCCCAGGACAGUGAUGUUGGCUAGCCCAGGGUAAUCUGUUUUUCAAAACGAACAACAGCGGCAACAAAAAGCCCUACCUUUUUAUAAGUCUGGCCUAAUUAUAAGAAUUUAUGAUAGUGCAAACAAUGUAAAUUCAGUCUUUGCUCUGAAAAAGGAAAAGACAUCUUUUCCAUCUUUCUAGCAGGUAUCAUUAUCUUUGUUCUUGUAUUGCUCUGAAAAGGUGUAUAAAUGAUAUUUAACCAAAGAACAUAAUAAACCAGGUUUGCAUCUAAGUGUGUACUGGUUAAUGGUUCUGCAAUCAAGGCUGUGAGUUUGUUGG